GAGCUGGUGGUGUUUCUGGGGUGGGGGGCUUGGGAAGCCCCUCGCCAUGUUUCCACUCUUCCUCUGGACGGCCCUGCUGGGGUCCGCAGCCCUCGAAGGCCCGGAGAGCCGGCUCCUCUGCACCUCGCCGGACCUGUCCAUCUCCUACUCCUUCUGCGGUGGCAUCUCUCACAUGCUCUCCCUUGGAGUCAAAAGCUGUUUGACGAAAGACAACACCAAGGAUGACCUGUACCUUUUCUUCGUCCCCAAGAGAGACAUUAUCGAGUUGAGCGUGGCUAUCCAGGUGUGGUUCAAGGCUGUCCAGGUGGCCAAAUUCACAGAGCCCCUGUGCCGCGGAUUUGACGACGAAUACUCCUUCUGCGGAGUCCUGAAGGGAGAGACGAUCAAUAUCACCGUGCCGUUCUCCUACAGGAAAUUUAUUUUUCCCCAGGGGCAGUACACUGUCCUUUUCGAAGGUAUAUCCGGCAGAUCCAACGAUUUGAUUUUCUGCGUGAACGCCACAGUGAUCCUCAAAUAAUCCGCCCCACGCUUCCCGAGGAUGGAUCGAUGCCCCAUUUCUUCACGGAAAGGUUGUGGAGAAGGCCCACCACUGAGAUUCAUUCAUUCCAUCGUAUUUAUUGAGCGCUUACUGUGUGCAGGGCACUGUGCUAAGCGCUUGGGAAGUCCAGGUUGACGACAGCGGGCUCACAGUCUAGAUUUAGACUUCUCCUCCACCGAAAGAAGCAUCGUACCGACCCAGAAGAGAUCGUUUCUCAAGGUUUCCGUCGUCAUCAAUCGUAUUUAUUGAGCGCUUACUAUGUGCAGAACACUGGACUAAGCGCUUGGGAAGUACAAAUUGGCAACAUAUAGAAACAGUCCCUACCCAACAGUGGGCUCACAGUCUUUCCAUCAAGGGAAAGUCUCCAUUUGCAUCGAUCCUCCAUUCUCC